ACCCCACGCUCAGGAAAGCGCUCUGGGACCCCCAGAUGGGGCCGCUUUCCUGUCCCCCCCGGCCCAGCGCCCGCUCCCCACUGGUCAGCCUCCGGCACGGUCUUCUCCGCCGCUCCUUGGCGAAGGAUGUCUCCGUCCAAACCGGUCUCUGAGGAGUGGUCCCAAACGCUGGGGGCUCGGCUGCGUCCCCCGUGCCUGGCCCAGCACCCCUCUGCCCGUUUGCUGCCCGGUGGACCCCCGAGGGCCGCGGGCCACGUGGCUGACCAUCGCGCACCCACAGGCCGAGGAUGCUUCGUUGGAAGGCGGCGGCCGUGGCGUCGGUGCUGUGUAGCUCCAUGCUGUCCCUCUGGAUGUGCCGGGACGGCCUGUUCCUCGGCCACCGCCUGGGCCCCGCGCUGGCCCCCCUGCGCCGGCCGCCCCGCACCCUGGACGCCCGCAUCGCGCGCCUGGCCCAGUAUCGCGCGCUGCUGCAGGGAGCCCCGGACGCCGUGGAGCUGCGCCAGCUGACGCCCUGGGCCGCGCGCCCGUCGGGGCCGCGCCGUCGGGCCGGGGCGGGGGCGGGGCCGCGGCGGCGGCGCGCGCGCGCGCGGGCGGGCGCGCGGCCGUGCGGGCUGCGCGAGCUCGAGGUGCGCGUGAGCGAGCUGGGCCUGGGCUACGCCUCGGAGGAGACGGUCCUGUUCCGCUACUGCGCAGGCGCGUGCGACGCGGCCGCGCGCCUCUACGACCUGGGCCUGCGGCGCCUGCGCCAGCGGCGGCGCGUGCGCGGGCGCGAGCGCGUGCGCGCGCAGCCCUGCUGCCGCCCGACGGCCUACGAGGACGACGUGUCCUUCCUGGACGUGCACAGCCGCUACCACACGGUGCGCCAGCUGUCGGCGCGCGAGUGCGCCUGCGUGUGA